AUGGCGCCAAUAUUCGAUCUGCUUCAACGCCGCAAGGGACGAUUCGUGCUUUGGUCUCCAGCCAGCCAGUCAGUGCCGCGAUUGAUUCUCGGCACUUUCAAGGCUACACCAAGCCCCGGAGCGGUGACGACUUUAUUCACUGGCGACCUGUCACAAACGCAGAAUGGCCUUUGGGAACUCGCUUCAGAUACCAUACAACCACCGCUGCAGAAUGACAAAGUCUACCAUUACUGGUUCGAGGUGGACAACACCUAUCCUACCUCAACAGGUUCGGGCAAGAUCAAAAUAACCGACCCGCUCGCAUACACUGUAGACUACAGGCAAUUUGCGGACCAACCACGGGCUGCUUCGAUGCAGCCUCCAGCAGUGAUCAAGUUCCGAGACGGUAAGCUAUGGCCGUGUGAUAUCGACGGGACGGAAGUGGAACGUGUCCCUGAUCCAGUCCAAUCCCAAGUUCCCCCCAAUAAUCAGAUGGUCAUCUACGAGUUGCCAGCGUCGUGGGCGAAAUCUGGCCCCAAUGGAAAGCAGAUCGAUCGAGGCACUUUUGCCGAUGUCCAAGCCUUGUUUGACAAGGCCACUCCCGGGGUCAGAUUCAGCAGCAUCUCUGCGGUUCGGAAAGAGGCUAUUGUGGCUGAUCUUGGGAUCAAUGCUUUGGAACUUCUGCCCAUCGCAGACUCCAAGUACCAGGAUCAAUGGGGAUACUCGACAGCUCAUUACUUUGCCCCUGACGCGGACCUUGGUUCAACUGCUAGCCUCGUUGACCUUAUUCAGACAAUAACACCUAGCACAAGACUUAUUCUGGACACGGUCAUGGCGUUUGGCCAUGACCCCUACAUAUAUGCAGCAUUCAUGCAGUUCCAUCUUGUUGCUCUGGAUCCGGACCAUCCAAACGACCCGUUACAAAAGUUUGCGGAACCUGGGAAUGCUGACAGCUACACAUCCCACAACCAAGGACCGAGGAACCCAUAUGGAGGAAGUCUCUGGCGAUAUAUCAAGAAUCCCCAGCAAACGUACGAUCCACAGACGGGUCAAGCGAGCUUGAAACAUCCGCCGUCGUGGUCAUUCCACAGGGCUCACCUCCAUCGCUGGCUGCUUGAUUUCGGCGUCUCUGGUCUUCGAUUGGACAGUAUCAACAAUGUGGCCAACUACAACUUCAUCAAGUACUACAAAGACUACGCAUGGCAAUUACAUCAGGCAAGAGGUGGCUCGACCAACAAGUUCAUCGUCAUAGGAGAAGAGCUUAGCGUGCCGAAAGAUCUUCUCACCUCUGGCACCCUGAACGCACUUUGGAACGAACCUUUUCAGGGCCGCAUCCGAGCGGCAAUUGUGGGAGAAGCCGCUGAUGGUGAUAACUUUGAGUGGACUGUCAGGAAGAUGGUCGACUGCACCUUGGACGGAUACACAGAUGGAGCCCAGGCAGUAAACUACAUCACGUCGCAUGAUGUCGAGGGCAACCGGAAGGAACGACUGUAUAACUUCCUGUCCAAUUGCAAAGUCUCUGACAUCGAACGACGGGCCAAGUUGGCGUUCGCAUGCUUUCUCACCGCCGUGGGGAUUCCUAUGAUUUUCGCUGGUGAAGAAUUUUGUGAUCAGAUGGACCUGGACAUUUCCGAAAAACAAUCAGAUCCCGUCAACUAUGAACGAAAAAGUGACGACUGGAGGACUCGGGUCUUCAAUUACGUGGCCACUCUCGUUGAUCUGCGCAAGAAUUGUCCUGCGCUGGGCGUGGACGACACAUCGUUCAUCCACGUCGACCAGAGCCGUGGCGGGAAAAUUAUGGCCUGGGUGCGAGGGACGACCAAUCCCGUGGUUGUCGUUGCCAACUUUACGGAUCAAGACACACCGGGGGCUCAGUAUUUUGUACCGAAUUGGCCAGAUAGGGACCGCAAUGACUGGAGGGAGAUUACACAGAAUCGGGCAGUGCCUGCGGCGUGGGUUGGAAAAGAGCCCUUGAUGCAUUGGGAAGCAAAGGUGUAUACGUGUUGGAAGGCCGGUGCUGUGAACGGACAGACGAAUGGUGUGAACGGUACGCACAGCGGGUGA